GAAAAAUGAAAGGGUUCAUUACAAAGUAUACUUGGCCCUGCAAAAAACAAGCCUCAUAUGGGUCUGUAGAUGGGAAAAAUGAGAGUUAUGGCUAUUAUAGGACGAGGAGAAAAAAAACGAAAGUGCAGAAACUAAUGAAGACCUUAUUUGACCUUAUUUAACCAGGCUAGCGGUAUUCCCGAGCGUGACUCGGAGUAAAUUUUCGCUGCCAGAAGGGUUAACCCAGAGUCGCGCUCGGGGUAGAUUACGGAGCUGGCAGCGGAGUUUUCUUUCCUACUCCUGGCGAUCCAGCGAUGUCCCCGCUGUGAUCGCCGGUGAGAGCCCAGGCGGAUGCCUCCAUCUGACUUCCUGGUUCCGUCUCUGUGAGCAGCAGCGGCUCAUGGGGGCGGAACUGGGCGGUAAAUUCAAAUGGCUAGCGGUAUUCCCGAGCUUGACUCAGGGUUAAUUUUCGCUGCCAGAAGCGGUAACCCCGAGUCACGCUCGGGGGAGAUUACGGAACUGGCAGCAGAGUCUUCUUACCUUCUCCUGGCGAUCCAGCAAUGUCCCCGCUGUGAUCGCCGGUGAGAGCCCCGGCGGAUGCCUCCAUCUGACUUCCUGGUUCCGUCUCUGUGAGCCGCAGAGGCUCAUGGGGGCGGAACUGGGCGGUAAAUUCAAAUGUUUGAAAGCAUAAAAGUGAUGCAGUGAAAUUCUGUCAGAUUACACUGUAUCACCUCAGAUUUGACAUUUGAUCAUCCUACACAGCCCUGCCUGCCCUUUUUGCUGUAAUUUCUGCCCAUAAAAGAAUUUUUUUUCCAUGGCAUCAGAGCGUCACUUUAGCAUCUCCAAAGCAGGUUUGGAUCCGAUGAGUGACAGCGGCAGCGACACAGAGCCCCUCGCAGAAUUGAGCGACAGCGAUUCGUGGCAAGAUUCGUCAUCCGACUCUGACACUGACCAGAGAAGUGGCGACAGCGACGAUUCUGCACCCGAGCUCAGUGAUGUGCGCACUUGGUACCCUAUUGAAUGCGGUAUGGAUGAGAUGACGUCAUUGAAAAGAUUGUCACGGAGACAAAUGGGGCUAAUACUUGGGCUAAUACUACUUCAGUGUGUGGUGGGGAAACCGCUGCAGAAAUGGUACUGGACUACCAAUAAAUUGCUGGCAACCCCAUUUUUUGGCACCAUCAUGUCUGAGUACCGAUUUUCCCUCAUAAUGAAGAAUUUGCACUUCACCAACAAUGAGGAAUUUGACGAAGCCACACAUCCAGCGCCAAAACUCAAGAAGAUCUGGGAAGUAUACCAAAUGAUCCUAAAAAAAUUCCAGCAGGACUUUGUGCCAGAUAGAGACAUCAGCAUUGAUGAAAGUAUGAUGGCUUACAAGGGACGCCUCAGCUGGAUUCAAUAAAUCGCAUCCAAGAUAGCACGGUUUGGAAUAAAAUCUUAUAUGCUCUGCGAGUCUGCCACUGACUAUAUAUGGAAUUCCGUCAUAUACACAGGUAAAGGAACACAAUUCAACCCCAGGCACAGCGGCUAUGGGAUGGCAACGUCAUCAGUCCUUACACUGCUUUAGCCAUUGCUGAAUCAGGGGUAUUGUGUGACAACGGACAACUUUUACACAUCGCCUGAGCUGUACGAAUUUCUGCUAAAACACAAGACUGAUGGAUAUGGAACAGUUAGGGCCAACCGACGUGACCUGCCAUCUAUGUUUGCCAGGAAAAAACUGAAAACAGGAGAAAUGGUUGCCUGGCAGAAAGGAAAGAUGAUGGCAAUGCGUUGGCGUGACAAAAAAGAUGUGUGCCUAAUGAGUACAGUGAAUAACUCCUCCACUGCCAUGGUCCACACAAGAGGUGGGAAAGAUGUCAUGAAGCCACAACUUGUGAUUGACUACAACAACACCAUGGGAGGAGUCGAUAGAGCCGAUCAGGCGAUGACAUUUUAUCCGGCUAUGCGGAA